AGUGCCCCCCACUCCCCUCCCAGUGCCCCCAGGCCGCGGCCAUGUCGUCGUGCGCGGAGGUGCUGCGCUUCCAGCUGCCGGGGCACGAGGCGGCGGCGCUGCGCUCCAUGACGCGCCUGCGUGCCGAGGAGCGCUUCUGCGACGUCACCAUCGUGGCGCGGAGCCUGCGCUUCCGCGGCCACCGCGUCAUCCUGGCCGCCUGCUCGCCCUUCCUGCGCGACCAGUUCCUGCUGAACCCCGCGGCCGAGCUGCGCGUGUCGCUGGCCCACAGCGCGCGCGUGCUGGCCGACCUGCUGCUCUCCUGCUACACCGGCGCCCUCGAGUUCGCCGGCCGCGACCUGGUCAACUACCUGACGGCCGCCAGCUACCUGCAGAUGGAGCACGUGGUGGAGCGCUGCCGCGGCGCCCUGGCGCGCUUCAUCCAGCCCCCGCCCGCCGCGCCGCCGCCGCCCGGCAAGGCCGAGGACGACGACGACGACGAGGACGACGACGACGCCGCGCCCGACGUCUGCAUCGUCAAGGUGGAGCCGGCGGCGGCCGCGGCGGCGCCGCCCCCGCCGCCCCAGCCCAGGCGGUGCCGCAGGGCGGGCCGGGCGUGGGCGGCGGCGGCGCCGGAGCCCGGAGAGGCCUCCCGGGGUGCCGGGCGGGCGCGAGCGGCAGGCGUAGCGACGCAGAGCGCGCCGUUCCUGCCGCAGCUGGGCGUGGUGAAGGCGUGCUACAGCCUGGCCGAGGACGCCGAGGGCGAGGGGCUGCUCAUCUUCCCCGCCGGCGGCGGCGGCGGCUCCUCGGCGGAGGAGCCCGGGGGCGGCGCGGGCUCCGCGGGGUCUCCGGCGCCGGGGGCCUCCUGGACGGGCGGCGCCGCUGCCGCCGCCUCCGCUCCCCCCACGCCGUCGGGCGGCCCGUCGGGCUCGUCGCGCUGCGGGAAGUGCGGCGAGGCCUUCCAGGGCGUGGAGAAGCUGGUGUUCCACAUGCGGGCGCAGCACUUCGUGUUCAUGUGCCCGCGCUGCGGCAAGCAGUUCAACCACAGCAGCAACCUCAACCGCCACAUGAAUGUGCACCGCGGCGUCAAGUCCCACGGCUGCGGCGUCUGCGGCAAGAGCUUCACCCAGAAGUCCACCCUGCACGACCACCUGAACCUGCACAGCGGGGCCCGGCCCUACCGCUGCUCCUACUGCGACGUGCGCUUCGCCCACAAGCCGGCCAUCCGCCGCCACCUCAAGGAGCAGCACGGCAAGACCACGGCCCAGAACGUCCUCGAGGCCGUGGCCGCCGAGGGGGGGGUCCUGCUGCGCUGACCCCCCCCGGGAGGGGCCCGGCGAGGGCCGGGGGGGUGACGGGAUGGGGGCUUCCUCCCC